UGUACUUUUUCCCAGGAAAGGCACUGAACGAGUUACAUGUGCAGAUCUUUGGAUAUAAUCUGUUGGAGAAAGGAUCUGGGCUGAAGACGCCAGCUCCUAGCACAAGCCCUGGAUGAGAAUAAUGGGGCACUACAAGAUGAACAGAGAGAGGGAUGGCUGGGGCGGGGAGGGGUGGAUGCAAACGAUUAUGGCCAAGAAGUCACCUUAGGGGAAAAACAUAAAAAGAAUUCUUGCUUGCAAAAGAGAAGGAAGCCUAUAGGGAGAGUGAGGGGAGAGGCCGAAAGAGAGAGAAGGAAAAAGGACAAAAGAGGACAGAGAAAUAGCCAACAAGGCAGACACGAGGAAAAGGGUGAGAUGAGAGAGAAACAGGAGAGGACAAGGAGACAAGAAGAAGAGAGGCAAGGGACAGGUACAGCAAUGGGACUCGGAAAGGACAUGGGAGAGAGCUGGCGGAAGCUGACAGAGGGAAGGGAAGAACCCCCCCGCCGUCAAAGGCAGGACUCAAGAACGCUGCCUUUCGUGCAAGUGAGAUGGGCUCCGCUGCCCGUGCCCGCUUGUUCUUGGUCUUGGCCGACCUGAGGGUGCGUCUCUCCCGGGCUCUCCAGCGGCGCGCAAAUAAGAGAUGCAGACGCGACCGCCACCGCCCAGCCCAGGGCGCGGCUCUGAAGUUGGCGCCAGCGCCCAGAGGCCACCAGGCCCCGCCUUCCUGGCUGCACCCGCCUUCGGGGCGGGGCUUGCGGUUGGGCGGCUCCGGCGGGUAGGGCGUCGCGGGCCAGAGAAAAGGCAACCUGGGAGAAAGCCCCCUAUUGAUCCGUUGGGCGGCCCGGCCCUCCCCCGGCUCAGCUCCCCGGAGCCACCCCUAGCUGGCUCGGACCCGGACUGGCGCCUGCGACUAUGCCUGCGGGAGGGUGAGGGCGUCCUUUGGAGGCGGUGCCCUCUCACGCCGCCGCCCUCUGGCUCCUGGGCCUGCCGGGUCUCGGCGAUGGGCGAGGGCUGUGCCCGGUGCCUGCGGCUCCCUCCGCGCCGUGGACUCCCGCGGCCUCCCGGCCUUCCUUACCCCGGCGGCCUGGCGGCCCCGCGAGCUUCACCUCCCCAGCACCCGAAUCGCGCAGCUCCUCCCGGGAGCGCCCGCCGCCUUCGCUCCCCAGGCCCCAGCUGAGACCGCCAGGAAGGCGGGCUCCUCGACCCCAGAUCAUAAGAGGUGUCUGGGAACUAAGGGUGGGAGGGGGCCAGGGUAGAAAAUGUCAGUUCAAGUACGUUAAAAUUAAGAACUUAGGCUUUGUUUAAAAAAACAAUAAAUGAAGUGAAAAAAACAAGCCACAGAGUAAAAGAAGAUACUUACAGCAAGUGAUAAAGGAUUAGUAUCCAGGAUAUAUAAAGACUGUUAUUGAGUCAAUGUGAAAGAGAAAAACACCUAAAGCAAAGAAUGGACGCCGGCAUUAAAUAGGCACUUCAAAGAGGAACCAUGAACGACCAAAAUCAAGUGAGUAGGUGACCAGUUCCCAUUAAUAAUUAGGAAAUAGCAAAUUAAGACCACAAAGAGGGCAGUGAGGGUGGCUCACACCUCUAACCUCAGCGCUUGGGAGUCCAGGGCCAGAGGAUCCCUUGAGGCCAGGAGGUGGAGUCUAGCCUGGGAAACAUAGCAAGACCCUGUCUCUACAAAAAAAUAAAUAAAUAAAUAAAAUAAGAAAAAAGUAAACCACAAGGAGAUGACUUACCACCAGGCAAAAAUAUUAAAGUAUGCUAAUACCAAGUGUCAAGAAGAAUGAAGCAAGAUAGCUCAAAUAUGCUUUUGAAGGAAAUAUACUGGGCUUCAUUCAUUCUGAAAUACCCCUUAUUUAAGAUACUCCAUUAUAUUAAAUACAGUUCCAAAACAAAAGAAAUCAAAGAAAAAAAAACUAACCCAAUACUUUUAUCACUUGUAAUUUGUAUAUUACACAUAUUGAAAGAUAUAUUUUAGACUUAUUAGAGAACGAUUUUUAAUUGGAUAUCACUCUUGUGCAUACAAAAUAAAACAAAAUUGAUUAAGGUGUUUCUAACA